UAUAUACACAUUCAUCAUCAACGUCACAUGCAGUCGACGUUUUGCGAAUUUUACAGCUUUUUAUUCAAAUUUUGGUUAAAAUUUGAAUCAAGCAAGACAAGUACCGUGAUUUUAUCUGAAGGAAACCAACUUUUCACUGAUUUAAUGUUUAACUGGGUCACUUUAUUCGAAAAACAAGAAACCAUUCCGUGGAAGUCGAUUCAUCACGAACGUGGAGACCAAGUCAUCGGAAAAGUAUGUGUAAAAAAACCUUCCACAGUACUUUUUGCUGAACAGUAACUAUAUUAUUCUUUCAAUAUAUCGAUAUAUGGCUAACUCUUUAGGUAAGCCAAAGCGGUUUUCAUAAUAUAUGAAUACACGCAUUCCGAGAAUAAUAUAAUAUGACGACUCGCGAGAUUUCUGAGAACAUUGCGUGACACAAAUCGUUUCUUGGAAGUCWACGUCUUCCAGUAUAGUUGCGUUUUUUGAAUAGUCGAUACUGCUUUGGAGAACACUAAAACGCUUUCAAAUGUUGGUGUAAAGGAGCAGUGGAUGAACAUUCUUUUGUACGAGUUCGUUUUAUGCAAGUUUAAUACAAAUGUGUAUGGAUGAAAAGAUUCUAUGUUGUCACGAUGGCGAUGUUGAAGAAGUGACAUUCAGAUCGCGUUCCUUAGCGCACAUAUUGGAAACUCUUUCAGAAAGUGGGCUGUACUGGAGAGGUUUAAGCAAAGAGCAGGCUGAAUACUAUCUACGAGAAGCAAUUGUUGGAGCCUUUUUACUAAGAGACAGUUCACAUCCACAAUACUUGUUUACGUUAACUUUCAGAACAUUCAGUGGAGUGACUAAUAUUCGAAUUGUGAUGGAAAACGAUGGAAGGUACAAGAUGGAAGCUUAUGAUUCCGAGAAAACGAAGAUUCCAAGUUUUGAAACAGUUCUUAUGCUGAUAAGUUACUACGUAAAACUUUCAAGGAAAAUCCUUGAGCAGGUGAGAGAAAAAGAUGUUGAGAGAACAGGACAUCUUUAUUUGACUAAACCUUUCUACAAAAAAGUGUGUUCCUUGAAACAUCUUUGUAGAAGAACGAUAAAUCAACAUUUGAAAUCGGGCAGCAUAUUUCAACUACCARUUCCAGAAAAGACUAAAAUCUACUUGUCUCACUAUCCUUAUCCAGUGUGAAAAUAUUUUAAAUUAACGACAAAUAUCACAAUUAUGUACUUACUCGUAUUUAUCAUGAAAAACGUUUAGGUGUAAAAGUAUCUUUCUUGCUUUAUUUGGUUUCAUUUUCAAUUUUGGUCACUCUUCAAAUCCCCUGUUUGGUUUCCUGGAAUUUCACCUGAGACAUUUAAGAAAUUCUUCUUGUAAAAAUUUCUCCAGUGUUACUUUUAAUUUUAUAUAAAUUAGGGAAAAUCCAUAAAUUACAUGGCCAUUUGUUUAUUCAUUAAAAAACUGUAUUUUUAUGCUAUUUAUUUAAAGACAGAUUCAUUCUAAUGUAAAAUGUAUGAUGAUCAUACUAUAUACGGUAAUGAAGUAUCUUUGUAAUAUAAAACAGCUAGCUGGU